UCUCUCCAUACCCGGAGCGUAAAACAUUUGAUUUAAUAUUUGGUUCAAUGGGGCAAAUGGGACAGAGAAGGAGAACGCGACAGCUCCGCCCUCACCUUGUCACAAAAUUCACCAGGGAGAAUUGCAGCGCGUAUGAUCCUGAAAUAUACAACAAAAUAAUCAUUCAUUUACGAAGACCAGCGAUCUGCAUGUAAGAGACGGUAAAUUUGUGUGACGGUGGACGGCGCUUUGGUUUCUAAGGACAUUUGAACGUGUUUAUAUCGCACGUGUAACUUUCACGCCAAGUUUUCCCUGCAGAACGCGUCGAGCUCGCGGUGUUGGCGGGCGACUCCCUGUUUUUGGACUGUCUCUCGUGUGUUUGUAAUUCAGAUCAACUCAGGAUUUUCACACAAUGGGAUGCUGUGGGAGCACACAGAAGAAGCGAGACUGGAAACCAUUGGAGCAGAGGAAGUGCACGGAUAUCCCAUGGCUCCUCCUGUUUAUCCUCUUUAAUAUCGGCAUGCUCUGCAUCUGUGGUUUUGCCAUAGCAACCGGAGCCGCAUCCAGACUCAUAUCAGGGUACGACAGCUAUGGGAACAUCUGCGGUCAGAAGAAUUCUGAAAUCCCAGGAAUUGAACUCAGCGGCCAAGAUCACACCUCCAGAAAGUAUGUGUUUUUCCUGGAUCCCUGUAACAUUGAUAUAUUGAAAAGGAAGAUUAAAUCUGUUGCUUUGUGCGUCUCAAAAUGCCCAAAGACUCAGCUGACGUCUUAUGAGGAUCUCACUCUUUUUUCAACAACUAAUGGAUCAAAUUUAUGCUCCUAUGAAAUAAAACCGGAGACGUAUUCCUCUGACCCAGAUAGAGCUACAAAAUGCCCAAAACUUCCUGUUCUUCCAAGUGCAUCUUUACCUGUAUUUCAUCGCUGUAUGCCAGUCGAUAUUUCAUGCUACUCCAAGUUUGCAGAGGCAUUCAUCACGUUCGUCAGUGAUAACAGUGUGGUGCACAGGGUUGUAGCCGGUGUGAUGACCUCCAAAGAGAUUAUUAUGGGCCUGUGUCUGCUCGCUCUCGUUCUGUCUCUGAUUAUGAUGGUUGUGAUCCGCUACAUCUCAGUUGUUCUGGUGUGGGUUCUGACGGCUGUCGUGGUCGUCGGCUCAAUUGGUGGUUCUGGUGUUCUGUGGUGGCUGUAUGCGGAUCACAAACAGUCUAUGAACGCCACUCUUCCUGCUAAUGAACUACAGGUGGCCAACGACAACCAGAAAGCCCUACUCGUCUACGCCAUUGGAGCCACUGUCUGCACGGUGAUUUUGCUCUUGCUGAUGUUCUUCAUGAGGAAGCGUGUGGCCCUCACCAUCGCUUUGUUUCACGUGGCUGGUAAAGUCUUCACACAUCUGCCUUUACUGGCACUGCAGCCCUUCUGGACCUUCCUGACCCUCAUGUGCUUCUGGGUUUAUUGGAUCACCGUUCUUAUGUUCCUGGGAACCGCCGGAAGUCCAGUGAAAAACAAUCAGACGGGUUUGGUGGAGUUUCAUAUGGAUGGGCCACUGCAAUACAUGGUUUGGUACCACGCUGUGGGUCUCAUCUGGAUCAGCGAGUUUAUCCUCGCCUGUCAGCAUAUGACCGUGGCGGGAGCUGUCGUCACGUACUACUUCACCAGAGAUAAAUCCCAGCUGCCGUUCACGCCCAUAGUGUCGUCUGUCCUGACACUAAUGCGAUAUCACCUGGGCACUGUGGUUAAAGGAGCCUUCAUCAUUACUUUAGUGGAGAUACCACGGCUUAUACUCAGCUACAUCCACACUCAGCUGAAAGGAAAGGAAAACGCUUGUGCACGCUGCAUGCUGAAGGCGUGUAUCUGCUGUCUGUGGUGUUUAGAGAAGUGUCUUAAUUACCUCAACGUGAACGCGUACACAGCAACAGCGAUUAAUAGUACAGGCUUUUGUACGUCUGCGCGAGAUGCUUUGUUCCUGCUUGCUGAAAAUGUUCUGCGUGUAGCAGCUAUCAACAGCGUUGGGGACUUUGUCCUGUUCUUAGGAAAGAUCUUGAUCGUAUCUUGCACGGCGUUUGCAGGCGUCCUUGCGCUGAACUAUCAGAGAGAAUACACCGUAUGGGUGCUGCCUCUCAUCAUAGUGUGCGUGUUUGCCUUCCUGGUGGCUCACUGUUUCCUGUCCAUCUUUGAGACUGUAGUAGACGUACUAUUCCUCUGCUUCGCCAUCGACACCAAGAACAAUGACGGCAGCCCGGGCAGCGAGUAUUACAUGGACAAAGAGCUUAUGGAGUUUGUAGAGAAUGCAAGGAAAGCCACUGAGCAGGACAGCAAAGGGAAAGGUAACCCCGGAGAAAUGAAACCUAUGACUGGAGGCACAACGGCUUGAUGAAGACCAGCAUAUAUUACAAAAACCUACACUCCAUUUUGGAGAUGCACAAAAGCUUUUAUUCAGGGAUCACGUGACAUGGUUUUGUCAUAACAACUUUGGCAAGUUUUAGUUUAAAAAGCUAAAGGCAAAUGAGUGCAUCUAAUAUCUCAGGACAGACGCAGGAGUAAGACGAAAUGUGGAAUUUUUUACUCAAACACUAGUUUUGCUCCCAAUAUUUUAUUAUAAAGGAUAAAAAGUUAUUUGAUUAUUUGUUUUAGAGCAUUUAGAAAAUUUAAAUUGUAUUUACAUAGUCAAUUUCUGCUCUAUAAAACUUAAACAAA